AUGACAGCUCUCUGCAGCCGCGAGAUGGGUUACCUCGGCUUCCUCGCUUACCUGGUUGUGUUUUCGUACUUGUCCGUGUCCUCCGCGGUCAGUCUAGAUCUUACAGAAGCCAACAAUGUUUCCAAGAUCAAAGUCAAUCCGAGAGGAAAUCUGUGGGCCACAGGACACUUUAUGGGAAAGAAGAGCCUGUCAGAUUAUCCAGAUGGAUAUGACGAUACUCCGGCGCUACUCCCUCUCACCUCUCCCGAAGACACUAAGACUAUCGGGAGCCUGCUGAGCCGGAGGAUGCUGGAAAUCGCCCUGGCCCAAGAAGCAAAGGGGAAGCGAGUGAGAUACGGCUCCGGAGCCCAGGAAACAGGACUAAUAACGAAGAUUAUCGAGAGGUAUGGCAGAAGUACAAAGAAAAGAUGA